AUGGCCGAAGGGAGCGCAGUUACUGACCAAGAGCGACUCCUGAGGAGGGUGCAGGAGCUGGAAGAGGAGGUGAAGCGGCUACAAGAGAAGCUCCGAGAGGAGAAGGAGGGCGCUGGGAGAAGAGAGGCUCCUCCAGCCCCUGGGAAAACCAAGAAACGCCAACAACGGCCGUUUGAUUUUGGCGCUUACGGCCGCAGGCACGUGGCGUUGAAGAUCGCCUACCUGGGCUGGGGCUACCAGGGGUUUGCCAGCCAGGAGAACACCAGCAACACCAUCGAGGAGAAGCUGUUUGAGGCCUUGAAGAAGACGCGGCUGGUAGACGACAGACAGACCUCCAACUACCACCGCUGCGGGCGGACGGACAAAGGAGUCAGCGCCUUUGGACAGGUGAUUUCGCUAGAUCUCCGCUCGAACCUGUCGGAGGGGAAGAAGCUAAAUGGCCACCAGGGUGACUCGGAAGGAAAGAACGAGGGGGAGGAGGAGCUCCGCUACACCCAUAUUCUGAACAGGGUGCUCCCGCCCGACAUCCGAGUGCUGGCCUGGGCUCCCGUGGAGCCCGAUUUCAGUGCCCGGUUCAGCUGCCUGAAGAGGACCUAUCGCUACUUCUUCCCCUGCGCCCACCUGGACGUGGCCCUCAUGAACGCCGCGGCCCAGAGGUACGUGGGAACCCACGAUUUCCGUAACUUGUGUAAAAUGGACGUCGCCAACGGGGUGGUCAACUUCCAGAGAACGAUCCUCAGCGCCGGAGUGACGUGGGUGGAGAGAGGAGGAGAAAGCGGGCUGCAGGAUCCCUUCCGUCUGUGCCAGUUUGAAGUGACGGGUCAGGCGUUCCUGUAUCACCAAGUCCGCUGCAUGAUGGCCAUCCUCUUCCUCAUCGGGCAGAAGAUGGAGAGGCCGGAGAUCAUCGAUGAGCUGCUGGAUGUGGAGAAGAACCCCCGAAAACCGCAGUACAGCAUGGCAGUGGAGUUUCCCCUCGUCCUGUACGACUGCGAGUUUGAAAACCUUCAGUGGCUCUACGACCGAGAAGUGCAGGAGUUCAACAUUACCCACCUGCAGCAGCUCUGGGCCAACCACGCAGUCAAAACUCAAGUGCUGCGUAACAUGUUACAAGGGUUAGAUGCUGCUCCUGGAGAAAGCCCGGAGAACACCACGACCGUCCUCUGGGGAGAUACGAAGCCUCCGCUCUGCUGCCAGCUCAGCGGCUUCGUGGAAGGCGUCCAAGCCCGCACCUACAAGCCUUUACUGGCCCGCCCCAAGUGCGAGGGGCUGGAGGCCCGCAUCCGUCACUUUGUGAGGAGGGGCCGCAUCGAACCCCCCCAGGGCCUGGAGCUUGGGGGGGACGGGGACGAGCAGCCCCCCGAGACCAAGGGGGGCCACCGCCGCCAUGCCCCGGGGAGCGGCGGCUGGCAACUGGCCACGGUGAGCAAGCAGCUGCAGCGGGUUCACCCCAACGUCCUGGCCAAAGCGCUCAAGCAGGGAACCGUGUAUCAGAACGAAGAGAUUGUGGUGAUCAACAAACCCUACGGGCUCCCCGUGCACGGCGGCCCUGGGAUCAAGAAUUGUAUCACUGAUGUGUUGCCGAUUUUGGCCAAGAUGUUGGAGAACAUGAAAGCUGAACCCCUCCACCUCUGCCACCGGCUGGACAAAGAGACCACCGGUGUGAUGGUGCUGGCGCGGAACAAGGAGGUGGCAGAGAGGAUCCGGCUUCUCUUCAAAACUCGCCAGGUGGAGAAGAUCUACUGGGCAAUUAGCCUGGGGGACCCAGACCCCACUGAGGGCAUCGUGGAGAUCCCCAUCGUGGAGAAGGAGGUGAAGAGCCACCAGUCGCACUACAAGAUGACGCUGGCCCCCAACUAUCGUCUGUCUCCAGAGGACGGGAAGGUGGUGAAAAUCCGCAAGAACCGCAACGCCGAAAGCGCCGUGACGCGGUACCGCCUUCUGGCUAGCUCCUCUGCUUGCUCUCUGCUGGAGCUCCAGCCCAUCACAGGGGUGAAGCACCAGAUCCGGGUUCACCUGGCCUACGGGUUGGGGUGUCCCAUCCUGGGGGAUCACAAAUAUUCCCACUGGAGCAAGCUGGCACCCCAGAAGCUUCCUGAAAUCACCUUGAAGAGGCUGAAGCUGGAGCAGAGCAAGGCUCGCCACCUCCCCCUCCACCUUCACGCCUACCGGCUCUCCCUGCCCCUGGGCGAGCGGAUAGACCUCGUCUGCAAGCCGCCCCUCUUCUUCCAAAAGACUCUGAAAAAGCUGGAGCUGGACGUCACUACCAACUAA